GUCCCUGGCCGCAGCCGGCAUGGACGCGGCGCCGAGGCGGAACCGCCCGGAGGGGCCGGCGGAGCGCCCGCCGCCCGCCCGGGACUCGGAGGAGGAGGAGGAGGAGGAAGCCGGGAUGGAGCCCGGGCCGGCGGACGAGGAGGAGGUGGACCCCCGGAUCCAGGGAGAACUGGAGAAGCUCAAUCAAUCCACGGAUGAUAUCAACAGGCGGGAGACUGAACUUGAGGACAUCCGUCAGAAGUUCCGCUCCGUCCUGGUGGAAGCGACGGUGAAGCUGGAUGAGCUGGUGAAGAAGAUCGGCAAGGCCGUGGAGGACUCGAAGCCCUACUGGGAGGCUCGGAGGGUGGCGAGGCAGGCGCAGCUGGAGGCUCAGCGAGCCACGCAGGACUUCCAGAGGGCCACCGAGGUGCUCCGCGCCGCCAAGGAGACCAUCUCCCUGGCCGAGCAGCGGCUGCUGGAGGACGACAAGAGGCAGUUCGACUCAGCCUGGCAGGAGAUGCUGAACCACGCCACCCAGAGGGUCAUGGAGGCGGAGCAGACCAAGGCGAGGAGCGAGCUGGUGCACAAGGAGACGGCGGCGCGCUACAACGCGGCCAUGGGCCGCAUGCGGCAGCUGGAGAAGAAGCUCAAGCGGGCCAUCAACAAGUCCAAGCCUUACUUUGAACUCAAGGCGAAGUACUACCUGCAGCUUGAGCAGCUGAAGAAGACGGUGGACGAGCUGCAGGCCAAGCUGGCCCUGGCCAAGGGCGAGUACAAGACGGCGCUGCGGAACCUGGAGACCAUCUCGGACGAGAUCCACGAGCGGCGGCGCUCCGGCGCCAUGGGGCCCCGCGGGCGCGGCGUCGGCGCCGAGGGCGGAGCUGUGCCCGCCGAGGGCCUGUCUGGGCGCAAGCCCGAAGCCGACGCCGUUUCCGUGGCCUCCGAGGCCUUCGAAGAUGACAACUGCAGCGCCUUUGUGUCUGAGGAUGACUCGGAAACCCAGUCCCUGUCCAGCUUCAGCUCGGGGCCCACGAGCCCGUCGGAAAUGCCUGAGCAGUUCCCCGCGGCUAUGCGGCCCGCCAGCCUGGACCUGCCCAGCCCCGUGUCCCUGUCAGAGUUCGGGGUGCUGUUCCCGGGGCUGGGCCCCCGCAGCGAGUGCAGCGGGGCCUCAUCCCCCGAGUGCGAGGUGGAGCGAGGGGACAGAGCAGAGGGGGCAGAGAAUAAGAUGGGUGACAAGGCAGGCAGCCACCGGAGGCUAGGCAGCAGCAGCGGCGAUGGCAGCAGGAGCCCCCCGAAGCCCGCGGGCCAGGCCCUGGAGGACGGGGUGCGGCGGCUGUCCCUGCGGGGCCCCGGGCGUGCGGGCCUCACGGACACACACGUGGUGCAGAUCGGCUGACGCGCCCUGGCCCCGGCGCGGGCCAGUGUUUAUACACGAACCGGACGGAGGACAUUGUGCCAAUAAUCACAAAAUAUAUGCCAAAUCCCAGCCCUUUCCUCUAAACCACACGAGUGAGGCUUCAGUGGGCUCGAGGGCUGGAGGUCUGUCUGUGGGGUGAGUGCUUCUGGGCUGGCGUGUUUUCCCGUGCAGUCAGUUGCGGGCGGGCUGUGACCAGGUCCACGGCCUUUGUUGGAACGGUCCCCGUCACGGUGUCAUGCAAGCAGUAACCUGUUCCCAGAAAAGACCCUGAGCCAGCCGAGGGCCGGGGGAGCUGAGCCCCCAGCAGACUCAAGGGCCCACUUAUUUGGGAAAACAGCCUUGUUCUCUCCUUUAGAUCCCGGGGCGGGGUGGGGGGGG